UUCAUAUCAUUCUGCUAACUUCACUUCACUUCCACUCAUUCUUCUUUGACAGUCCAUAGUGAUCAAUGGCCACAGCCGUCUCCACUGUCGGAGCCGUAAACCGUGUUCCGUUGAGCUUGAAUGGAGCUAGUGGUGCAACUUCAGUACCAAACUCAAGUUUCUUGGGGAACAGUUUGAAGAAAGUGUUGAAUUCUAGAUUGAUCAGCAACAACAACAAGUCAUUCUCUUUCAAAGUAUUUGCGGCCGAGAAAGAGAUCGAAGAAACCCAACAAACCGAUAAAGAUAGAUGGAGAGGACUUGCAUAUGAUAUGUCUGAUGAUCAACAAGAUAUCACUAGAGGUAAGGGUAUGGUUGAUUCCCUUUUCCAAGCUCCCCAAGAUGCUGGAACCCAUUUUGCUGUCAUGAGCUCCUACGAGUACGUUAGUACCGGGCUUCGUCAAUACAACAUGGACAACAACAUGGAUGGAUUCUACAUUGCCCCUGCUUUCAUGGACAAACUUGUUGUUCACAUCACCAAGAACUUCAUGACUUUGCCAAACAUCAAGGUUCCUCUUAUUUUGGGUGUCUGGGGAGGAAAAGGUCAAGGAAAAUCCUUCCAAUGUGAACUUGUGUUUGCCAAGAUGGGAAUCACCCCAAUUAUGAUGAGUGCUGGAGAAUUGGAAAGUGGGAACGCUGGAGAACCAGCAAAAUUGAUCAGGCAAAGGUACCGUGAAGCCGCGGAUAUCAUCAAAAAGGGGAAAAUGUGCUGCCUAUUCAUCAACGAUCUCGACGCAGGAGCAGGAAGAAUGGGUGGAACUACACAGUACACAGUUAACAACCAGAUGGUUAACGCCACCCUUAUGAACAUCGCUGAUAACCCCACAAAUGUUCAACUCCCUGGUAUGUACAACAAGGAAGAGAACCCUCGUGUGCCAAUCAUUGUCACGGGUAAUGACUUUUCAACACUUUAUGCUCCCCUCAUUCGUGAUGGACGUAUGGAAAAGUUUUACUGGGCUCCAACUAGAGAGGACCGAAUUGGUGUCUGUAUCGGUAUCUUCAGAACUGAUGGUCUUUCUAAAGAAGCUGUUACCAAGCUUGUCGAUACUUUCCCUGGCCAAUCCAUUGAUUUCUUUGGGGCAUUGAGGGCUAGAGUGUACGACGAUGAAGUGAGAAAGUGGAUUGGAGGUGUUGGGGUUGAGGGCAUUGGGAAGAAGCUUGUGAACUCGAGGGAGGGGCCACCAACAUUUGAACAACCCGAGAUUACACUUGAAAAGCUUUUGGAGUACGGUAACUUGUUGGUUAAAGAACAAGACAAUGUCAAGAGAGUCCAGUUAGCCGAGACCUAUUUGGCAUCUGCUGCACUUGGAGAUGCUAACAAAGAUUCCAUUAGCCGAGGAGACUUCUAUGGGAAAGCGGCUCAACAGGUGCAAGUCCCAGUCCCCGAAGGAUGCACUGACCCUGGUGCGGCGAACUUUGACCCAACAGCAAGGAGUGAUGAUGGAAGCUGCACUUAUACUUUAUAAAGUUAGAAACAUUAAGGGAUAAUUUGUCUAAAUAUGUGAGGAUGUCAAACAGUUCUAAUUGUUGGAUUGUUGCUACACUUUUGUGAUUUUGUUUAAUUAUCAAAUAAGUUUCUUGGGAGUAAAAA